CACGGAGCGAAAAGACCAACAGACACAGACCAACCCGCUGCCAGUCCGUGCGCUGGUGCCUUCAUCAUCCCGCGCAGACGCGCAUCUCCAAGCGCGCAUCUCCGCUUCGACUCCACUCAAAUAAUUAAAGGGGGGUGAAAAAACUACCCAGCUACAUCUGAAGGAGGACCACCAAAGUGACCCUUUUUUGUUUUUUAUUCUUCCGUUUUUGCGCAGCCAGGAGAAAGUCUGGCGUCUUGUUUUAACUAUCCAGAAGUUGAAGCGAAAGAGUUGCCGGAGAAACACAUUUCCCAUUUCGCAGUUCAUCAUCACUGAGGUGAAUGGACCUCCACCGCCCCUUCAAGAUGGACAGCCCCUCCUACCUACCAGCUCCUCUGGCCUCCCCCGCACUGAUGGUCCUAGCCUCCACUGCAGAGGCCGGCCGGGACGCCUCGGUCCCCUGCCAGGCGCCCAGACCCUUUGGUGUUCCUGUUUCAGUGGAGAAGGACCUCCACCUCCCCUUCCCCUCAGCUUCCUACACCUUCACCUCCAUGUAUCAGCGCCAGGGCCCCUUAUCGGGCGCGUUUCCGGCUCGAGACUUCCCGGCCUCCCUUAUGCACCUCCACCAUCAGUUCACACCACCGAACCUGGACUGUACCACUUUAGGCAUGCUUAACCACAGCGGUGUGGGCGCCUUCCGGCCUUUCUCCUCCCCACCAGAGGAGAGGGAGCCCGGGGGUUACCAGUCGGCGUUCACCCCUGCCAAGAGACUGAAAAGCUGCUUUCCAGAAGUGGAGGGGAAGGAGUUUGACUUUGGCUCCCUGAAAGCUGAGGAGACGGGGAGAAAGCUGUUCUCAAUGUCCGGCCUGUUGUCUGACGGAGAGGCUUCCUUGAGCCCAGAGGAGCGUAAAGAACACAGCAAAGUGAAGGGCCUGUACGACACUCAGACGCCGGUGUGUCCCGUUUGCCAGACCGUCUUGCGUCCAGCUGAGCUGCACGAGCACAUGGAGCAGGAAUUAGCCAAACUUGCCCAGUUGCAGAUCAGUCCCACUCCGAUGCAGCACGAACAGUUUCUGAGGACGCCAAAGUCUCUGUCACUCUCUCUGCGUAUCAAGCGGGAAGGAGGCUCUCCCGCCUCGCCCCCUCGACCAUCUGAGGAUGCACACUCAGACCGAUAUCAGACGUUCCUCCGAGUGCGGUCCAACAGACACACCAGACUUAAUGUCGAUGACCUCUGCUGGUGCAGGUGCUACGUCAAAUCCGGCCCACUGCGGCCGCACAGCGCAGGAGCCCACCUAGACUGCACACAAGCUGUCAGGAUCGGAAAACUGAAGAGACGGAAACCAGAAGAAGGACAGGAAGGUUCAGCUGAUUUGACAACCCUGGAGAACGACUGGAAUGAGAGGACAAGGAUACAGAUGACAUCUGCAGGGUUUAAAGCAGGUGCAGUGUUGGUGAGGACCACCUCCAAAGAGUUUCGGGACAGUGAUGUGGACCUGGACGUGGAUGGAGACGAUACUCUGGAGUAUGGCAAAGUUCAAUACACAGAAACGGAUGUCAUCCCCUGUUCAGGAGAGAGCUCCAAGGAGUCUGCAGUGAACAGCAGCAGGAAUGUGUUACCAGAUUCCAGAGUGAACACAGAUUUCCCCAAAUGGUCAACUGAUGGGAGUCCAUCUACAAGCACUGUGGAGAAACCCGACAGCGGCGCAGCAACUCUCUCCAAAACUUGUAAAAACACCAACAUAGAAACGCCCUCAGAGGACUCCACAUUGACAACAUUGGAUGCACUUAAAGCUCGGAUACGAGAUUUGGAGAAACAGCUGUCUAAAGGAGACAGAUUUAAAUGCCUCAUCUGCAUGGACACUUACACAACCCCUCUGACCUCCAUCCAGUGUUGGCAUGUUCACUGCGAGGAGUGCUGGCUCCGAACUUUGGGUGCAAAGAAGCUGUGUCCUCAGUGCAACACAAUCACAUCACCUGGAGACCUCAGACGGGUUUUCCUCUAGCUCGGCCUCAAAGAUUGGCUCUGGAAGUUUUUUGUUCUAUUCCAGCCAAUCAGAAGUGGACCUAUGGGCAGCUGGUCUGUCAAACAUUUCCCAAAUCCUCCUCCUCCUCCUCCUUACAUGCUCCAGGUUCCUUUAGCAUCCUCUUUCAAACUCCUGACAGUUUGAAGAGCAGCAUGCGCGGGACCUGUCCACCAACUGGAUUCCUGCUGCAGCAUCAGUCAUUUCUGAAGAAACAAGAGCUCAGGCACUAAAGAAUAAAGGGAAAAAAAUGGAUUUGGGACAAUAUUUAUCAAUUUUUUACACCGUUGAUCUGUUUUAUGGGAAACGUUAAACUAAAUUGACUUGCAAAGCACAUAUUCAUAGUUAAGUGUAUGUAUGAAUGGAGUAAGAUGUGUAUAAAUAAUGUUGACUAGCACAACGACCGCGUAUUUGCUGUUCUUGAUCAUUUAGCAGCUGUCUGUUGAAAACACUCCUGGGAUGACUACCACAGUCAAACUCUGACUUUGUCACUGAUGCAGUUCUUUGUACAGCAUCAUUAAAUUGACCAAUGUUACUACAAUAAAAAUGUGUGUGAAGGUUGUUAACUCAA